ACAGACAAAAAACCAAUCAUUCAAAACUAAGUUUCAAAGUGAUCAUCAGAGAUCUCAAUUCCAAUCAAAUAGAGUGAUGCAGUAGACUUUGCUUUCUUUCAUCAUCAUCAUCAGCCACUGAUUUCAUCAAAACACAAAGAUGGUUCGGUUUCAUGGGAAAUUGAAGGCUCUCUUCAACAGCAGAUGGCUUGUGUUUGUGUGUGCAAUGUGGAUUCAGUCAUUUGCAGGAAUUGGGUACUUGUUUGGGAGCAUAUCUCCAGUGAUCAAGAGCACCAUGGGGUACAACCAGAGGCAGCUGGCCAUUCUUGGUGUGGCCAAGGACUGGGGUGACGCUGUUGGGUUUGUGGCAGGAAGCUUGUCUGAGGUUUUGCCCACUUGGGGGCUUCUGUCCAUUGGGGCAGCUCUCAAUUUUCUUGGCUAUGGCUUCCUUUGGCUUAUAGUCUCUCAAAGAUUGCCUGCUUUUCCUUUGUGGGUGCUUUGCAUCUGUAUAUAUGUGGGAACAAAUGGAGAGACCUUCUUCAACACAGCAGCAUUGAUUUCAUGUGUGCAGAACUUUCCCAAAAGCCGGGGUCCUGUUGUGGGGAUCCUAAAAGGAUAUGCUGGGUUGAGUGGUGCAAUCAUUACUCAGAUUUAUGCAAUGAUCAAUUCCCCAAAUGAAUCAUCAUUGCUUUUCAUGAUUGCGGUUGGCCCAUCUAUGGUUGUCAUUGCUCUGAUGUUCAUUGUUAGGCCUGUGGGAGGUCACAGACAAGUCAGGCCAGCUGAUAAUUCAAGUUUCCUAUUUACUUAUAGUGUUUGCCUUGUCCUGGCAGCUUAUUUAUUGGGAGUUUUGAUUCUUGAGGAUCUGCUUAACUUGAGUCAAUCUUUGAUCACAUUGUUUGCAGUCAUUUUGAUAAUUCUCAUAUUACUUCCAAUCAUAAUCCCUAUCAUAUUAGUUUUCUUCUCCGAACCAACACCUUCGGCACAGGAGAGCCUUCUCCUUGAGGCUCAGAGAGAAGAAGAUGGCAAAUCUGAGCAGGACAAAACUGAGGUGAUUCUUAGUGAGGUGGAAGAUGAGAAGAGUCCAGAAGUAGAUUCACUUCCAGCAUCAGAGAGACAAAAACGAAUUGCUCAGCUGCAGGCUAAACUGUUCCAAGCAGCUGCAGAUGGAGCAGUGAGGAUCAAGAGGAGAAAAGGCCCUCGUAGAGGAGAGGAUUUCACAUUAAUGCAGGCAUUGAUAAAGGCAGAUUUUUGGCUUAUAUUUGUUUCUCUUUUACUGGCUGCUGGAUCUGGUUUGACACUUAUUGAUAAUUUGGGUCAGAUAACUCUGUCACUUGGGUAUACUGAUUCAAGUAUAUAUGUCUCCAUGAUCAGCAUUUGGAACUUUCUUGGACGUGUCGGUGGCGGCUACUUCUCUGAGAUUAUAGUAAGAGACUUCGCCUAUCCUAGACCAGUGGCUAUGGCUGUAGUUCAGGUCAUCAUGGCAAUUGGGCUCUUCUACUAUGCUAUGGGGUUGCCAGGGCAAAUAUACGUGACAACUGUGUUGGUAGGGCUAGGGUAUGGUGCUCACUGGGCAAUUUUGCCAGCUGCAGCUUCAGAGCUAUUUGGCUUGAAAAGUUUUGGGGCCCUAUAUAAUUUUCUUACAAUGGCAAAUCCUGCUGGUUCUCUUAUUUUCUCAGAAGUGAUUGCUAGUGGUAUAUACGACCACUACGCAAAGGAACAAGCUGCACUCAGACACCAAGACUCGGCUUCAAUGCUUAUAAAACCCCUCAGAGAUGACUCACUCAGUUGUGUUGGCACUGUAUGCUAUUCCAUUACUUGUGGAAUACUCUCAGGACUUUGCAUUGUUGCAGCUGCAUUUAGUUUAAUCGUUGUUUACCGGACUAGGAGGGUUUAUACACAACUCUAUGGAUCACGCGGUUGAUCAGUCAGCAGAAUGACUCUGAUCGGUCUUUCAUCUCUAUGAAAUAUGGCCUGGAGUCUUUCUGAGGGUAAGAGUCUGAGGCAAAAAUUUCUGCUGCUCCUAUUAUCACAAAAGUAGACAGCCAGCCAUCUAGUACGUCUAAAUUAUUAUGCCAGUUUAUUAUAAAUCCAAUCCCUCUGUAGGCAUUCUUCUACAUGAAAUUAAAUUCUUUUCUUGCCAUGGCCCAGUAGUUUUCCCAAAUUUCUUUUUUCUUAUUACAGCAGAAGAGCAAUGCCAAAGAUCUGCGGGAUA